AUAAAAGGUCUCACUGAUGCAGACAGUGGAACCUAUCAGUUAGAGGCUGCCAUCAAUAAAAAGCUGCAGUACUCAAACCAUGAAGUACAUGUUAUAGGUAAGUACAGUACUGUGUGUGUGUAAUCUUACAUUUUGUAGUACCGCAUGUCAUGUUUGAGUGUAUACAGGACGGACGGCUGAGGUCACAGGGCAGCUCAAGAGGAAUAAUAGCCAUUGUCCCCUCUAGUCCUCCAGCCUCCUGUAUCAGUGAGGACAUUUUAAAAAAUGUCAAUGACUGCAGGUCCUGAUUAUGCAGGAAAGUGUCUUUGACUUUAAAUAUCCCAAAACUUGCGCGCCUGUGGGGAUCACAUUACUGAGGUGUUUAUUGUCUAAAUAUCUCUGUUUUGAGUGUACAGGACAAAUAGGAAGUCUGUGACGUCUAAUUUGAACUACAAUACUUGUUGCCUAGUUAAGUAACGUGACAGUGUCUCCUCGAUGUGAGGACUUGCAGAAUGGUAAAAACACUCAGGUUGGUGCAUUUGAUUAUCGAUCAUUCUCCGGCUUUUCUACUGAAUGUUGCCACCCGGUAUGUUUUGUGCAAGAAGAUGCAAAACAUAACAUACAGUGUACACAGAUGAGCUGUCGAAAGAUUGUAAUGUGAUUCUAGUUGUAGUUAAUGUCCUGUCAAAGACCCCUCCACCGAGUUUGACCAAUCCGUGGUGUCAGCAUCCCAGACUGAAGAUGACAUUGUUGUGACACUGGUCAACAACCUCCUAAGGUUUCCCAUGUCACCCAUACUAGAGACGUACAUUAACACUCCCACUCUGCCCAGUAGAAGCUUAUCUGUGGUAGAACCUGUGUUCCUUAAGACUAGGGCCGUGCCCAGAAGGGCCUGUCAGAAAACAUUAGUGCAAAAACAUUUGCUUAGGGUGUAAACUCACCCAGCUCUCCUUCAGUAUGACAGUUUCACAUCAUUUGAGCUUCACAUUACUGCUAUGUUUUCUGUGUGUGCGUGUGUGUGUGUGCGUGUGUAUGUGUGUGCAUGUGCGCACCCGUACGUCUCCCCUCAUGACUGUAGAUGUCGUAGCACAGCCGUAUAUAACCUGUGAGGCCAGCGACAGUGGCACCACCCUGCUGUGUUCAGCUGACCUCCAUCCUCUGACCCAGUUCCUCUGGAAGGGUCCUGGUGGGUCAGAGACUCCUGGGUCAGAACUGUUCAUACCUGGGUCUGAGAACCAGGAGUCUGUCUACACAUGUGUGGUGAAAAACCCUGUUGGUAACAAAACAGCAGAGCUCAGCCUGAAGGAGUGUCACACAGAGGAAGUCUCAUCUGUCCGAGUGAUGUUCUGGCUCAUUCCAUUGAUUCUCGUUCUCAUCCUCUGCAUCUUACUGGCAGUCUGGUUGUGGUGCAGGAAAAAGAGGCAAAAAGAAGAUAGAAACGCCAAACAUGCUCCAUCAGGGUCAGAGUCUAAGGAUGAGGAAAACACAGUACUUCUGAUCUCCUCUAACACCACUCCUCCAAAUAAAGAAAACACACAUGCUUCUUUGGACCAAAAUGUGAUGGGACUAAAUAGCAAUGGAUCUCAGGUCCCCAAAACAGCAGGGGAGGUGGAGGAAGAACUUGGGUCAGAGUUAAAAAGUGCUGUUGGAGAAGAAGAACAUGUAACAGGAGCCAAAAUGGACAGCUCUGUGGUUCAUAGAGUUCAGGAGAACAUUCAACCACUAGCCCACAAAGAUCAACCAAGCAACACGAAAGUGGAGUUAGAUCUACAGACAUCAUCCGCCCCAGGGCAGGCUCAGACACUAACACCGCCCCAAGACCUAGGCCAAACACAUUCUAAACCGGAGAACCAACCAGACCCUAAUGCAGAAGAUACAAAAGGGGACACUCAGUCAAGCAUCCAGACUAAGGAACCCAUCCAGGAAACCACGUCAGGCUACCAGACACAAGAACCCAACCAGGCAGCUCCUGAAAUGGGACAUGGAAAGGAGGAUCUGUCCAGAAGCAACUCUAACAGUUCUAUUCCCUGUGCUAAUGAAGACAAUAGUGAUUAUGAUGUUGAGGAUAAGAAGGAGCCUGUCCAAGCAAAGGUCCAGAAGAAGCAACAACCAUCUUCAGAGUCCAACACAACCCAAACAGAUCCAGUCAAACUAGACUGAACAAGGCCAAGUCACAACAGUUCUUUAAAAAUCUAAUGGACAACUGAACACAGCUCAGUUACUAAAUGUAUUGUUAUUGAUAUUUCACUACAAGGAGAUGUUUGUGCUUGCCAAAAAAAAACAACCUGUAACCAGAAUACUACUGUAAAAGGUUCUCAAGGGUUCUCCCUCUCCUCCACACACUAGAUCAAAACAGUACCAUAGACAACAUUCUCACAAUUUCAUUUGCACAAUUUUAAAAUAUAUUUAGCAUAUAUAUAUAUAUAUAUAUGCAGAAUAUUCACUUACCUAAAGGAGUAUUAGGAA